CCGGGAUUCCACCAAUUUUUAGGGUUGUUUAUUUGAUUUUAGCAAUGUUAUUAGUUUUAAAAGUUGAAGGGGCAAACUUGUAACCACAAGGUUGCGUUGACUAAUAUGGGGUGCGCAUAGAAACUUUAUAGGAUGACUUCGCUCGAUCAUGUCUCAUGGCUGAUGUACUCAACUUGGAUGUGCCUAAGAUUGUAGAUACCCUCGCUCGGAACAAAAUUGUAGAGGAAAGAAAGUGCAUUAGAAUUCAAUAGCUAUAAAUCCAAGCUCAAUUCUCCGUCCGAUUUAACUAAGAAGCAAUGGAGCUGGUCUUCAUUCCCGCACCUAUGAUGGGUCACAUAGUAUCAACUGUCGAAAUGGCAAAGCGCUUAAUGUGCAACGACCGGGACAAUGAGGUUAUUAUCAGCAGCGUCACCAUUCUCAUAUUGCAGCAAUGCUCUUUCGAUGACGAAAUCAGCCAAUACAUUCGGUCCCAAACAAGGACGGCGGAUGACUCCCGCCGUCCGAGCUCAUUGAAGUUUGAGACGCUCACUCUGCCCCUGCCGACCGGCAGCGGCCCCGCUGUAGCAGGGGUGCAGUCCGUCGACGCCUUCAAACCCCGAGUAAGAGACUGGGUUUCCGGGAAAAACCUCCGAUCCUCGGGGAGGUUGACCUUCGUGGUUGACUUUUUCUGUACGGCCAUGGUCGACGUCGGGAAAGAUCUCGGCAUCCCAACCUAUGUGUUCUUCACCUCCGGCGCGGCGGCGCUGGGGGUUCUCAUUUUCUCUAUCGAGAUCGUCAAAUCAUUAUCCGAUCAUCCUAAUAACCCCACCCCCUUCUUAGACAUCCCCACUUACCAAAACCCAUUUCCGGCAAAGUGUAUGCCGCCGCCGCUUCUGAAUGAGGACUCCUCCCAUAUGUUCCUCCGCAUCUCCGAAGGGAUUAGAGCGGCGAAAGGAGUACUGGUCAACACAUUCCUAGAGCUUGAAUCACACGCGGUCAACGCCCUGAAUGACGACCCACGCGCCCCACCCAUCUACCCCAUCGGCCCGUUGCUGAACCUGGAAACGGCGGCUGCCGGCGGCGAAACAGAGCAGAUUUUGGAAUGGCUAGACAGGUGGCAGGAAGAGGGGUCUGUCGUGUUCCUUUGCUUCGGGAGCAUGACUCGUUUCAGUACUGAAGAUGAGGAGCAAGUGAAGGAGAUCGCUACAUCUCUGGAGCGGAGCGGGCAGAGGUUCUUGUGGGCCUUCCGGUCAGCAGAGGAUGACGGCGGUCAAGGAAGGCGGCUGCUGCCCGAUGGGUUCCUGGAGAGGACGGAAGGGGUGGGGAAGGUGGUCAACGGGUGGGCCCCUCAAAUCGCCAUACUGGCCCACCCGGCUGUGGGGGGCUUCAUUUCCCACUGCGGAUGGAAUUCAACUCUGGAGAGCCUCUGGUUCGGGAAGCCGAUCGGAACCUGGCCUAUGCGAGCAGAGCAAGAAGCCAAUGCCUUCCUGUUAGUGAAGGAGAUAGGGGCCGGAGUAGAGAUAAAGCUGGCUUCCAAGACGGUAGUUUCCGACGGAACUGAUGAAUUGGUGUCAAAGAUAGUGCUGGCGGCGGAGAUUCAACGGGGAAUCGCGCAGCUUAUGGAUCCUCUGAAUCCGGUUAGGCUAAGGGCCCAAGAAUUGGGUGAUAAGGGCAGAGGGGCACUAGCGGAGGGCGGCUCGUCCUACACAUCCCUACUACGCUUUGCUCAACAUGCACAUUUCAUCACAGGCAAUUGAUUUGGAGCCCGUUUGGUAGCACCAAAAUCGGCUGUUUUGGCUGAUUCUGCUGAAAUUUAUGAUUUUCUGGCUGGAGUGGCUGUUUGGGCUGAUUCUGCUGAUUUAAGAAAAAAAUAUUUUAAAAAUAUAUUUUAUUAAUAAAUUAAAGAAAAAAUUAUAUGUAAAAAUAGCUAAAAUGGUCCUCUACAGUAACUUCAGCCAAUACAGCCAGAAAAGUAACUCCAACCUUACUUUUUCGGCUUAUUACACAAUUCAGCGCGCGAAAGUAAAAGUUACGUGUUUGGUGAAAAAGCUGGCUGAUAAGCCUGAUAAGCCGAAAACAGAGUUCUCCAAACGGACUCUUGAUGUUUAAUAGCUAACGCAUUCUUGCUUAAGUUUUUCCUACAAAUAAAUGUUUAUGUUUUCACAUUAUCAAGCAAACACACAUGUAAUUUACCCGAGAUCGAGUAAGUCUUACUUAAUUUUAAACUUGUUUUGUA